UCAUGAUGUCCCAGUGCAAUUCCUACCGAGAUCGGGCGAGAUGGCACGUCGGCCGGGAUGGAGGAAGGUGUCGAUCGAUAUUUUCUAACAUCAGGUUAUAUAAUUCGGUUGUCGCGAAUCAUCUCCUUCACCACCGGAACCAGCAGGAUAACUCCAUCUACCGUAACCAAUCCCUUCAAAGACCUUUGCAAGACUGAGUCAGAAAACCAAACCGGCCUCUACCCUGUCCACACUGAGCUCAACAGCCUCUCGUCACGAGAAAAGAUCACAACGCAAUGGAGCAUUCGAUAGAGAUGCUACCGCACGAAAAAGCCUCAAUGCAGGGCCGUACUCUCCAGGUUGACUUCUCCUGGAAGGACUUCACAGCGAAAGUCGUCGGGAAAGACGAUCCAGAGGCAAAACCAGUCUACCUCGUCGACUUCAAAUCGCUCAAGCCCCAUCUGGUUUUCAAGCGUGCCGAGGACGAGUCGACCUUUGGCACCGGCUCACUGCACACCUUCGGCAUCGAUGCCGACUGCGAGUUGAACAAUCAGUCCAUCACGCUUAAAGCACAGAAGCGCUUUAAGGUCGAGUAUACCCACCAGUCCCGCACCUACUCCGACACUGACGAGCCCGUAACCAUGCACUGGACCAGAGACAGCGACUUCAGGGUCUGGGAUUUCAUCUGCAUGGACGCCGAUCAAAGCCCCGUCGCGAAGUAUUCCGUAAACUGCUGGGCUUUCAAGAAAAUCGGCACUAUCGAAUUCAUGGGGCCGAAAGCGAACAGUGAUGCCGUGAAGCAGGAGAUAUUGGUCAUGGGAUUGACGCUCUACUACUGCGUUGCACGCCGAUCGACCAGUAUUCUGUCAUUCUUUGGCGCCCUCUUCUCGCAGCCGAGCCACAAAAGCAAAACGGAGUGAGAAGCGC